GUCAUCAUAACCAUUUUUGGUUUUCGAACCACGAAUCACGAAUUGACCAUUGAUAACCGACUUCGAGUCACUCUCGUAAUGCCUAUGGCGUCUAGAAUACGGUGAAGAGUCCAUACUGUCAAUUAAGAAACCCUCAUCCUCCCAAAAAUAGACAGCCUAGGUAGAGAGAAGCCUUACAAUGUCUGCGUCGGUACCGCUUCGUACUUUCGCGCAGCGCAGGGUUACGUCAAUUCGACCAAAAAUCCCCAAGGGGGCGUGCAUAGUUUCAUACUCUUCCCCGAUAACCCCAAACCGACCAAGAUGUGCAGUCACGACAUUUCCUCCCCUUGCCUGUUCGACCCUUCGACCCUUUAGUACAACCCGUCCGAGAUAUUCCGCUACGACCGACGAUAGCUUCGAUCCCAAGACUGUGGAGCGGGAGAGCGAUGAGGUUGAUGUAUGCAUUAUCGGCGGAGGUCCUGCGGGGCUGAGCGCUGCAAUACGUUUGAAACAACUCGCCAAUGAGAACGGAAAUGAAGAUUUCAGAGUUCUGUUGUUAGAGAAGGCAGGUGAAAUUGGCGCACAUAUUCUGUCUGGGGCUGUCAUAAAUCCGGUUGCGGUUAAGGAGCUAUUCCCCGACUGGCUUGACGAAGCGAACGAGAACCGAUUCGAACAUGCGACGGCAGCAACAGGAGACAAGAUGAGGUUUUUGACCAAGGGCAGCGCGAUACCUUUACCGGCCCCACCACAGAUGCACAACCAUGGCAAUUAUAUCGUCAGCUUAAACCAAUUCACAAAGUGGCUGGGAGAGCGGGCGGAGGAGAUCGGCGUAGAGGUAUACCCCGGGUUCGCCGCAUCCGAGGUGAUUUACAAGCCCGACGGAUCGGUUCUUGGUGUUGCGACAAAUGAUCUUGGCAUAGGACGAGACGGGAAACCAAAGGAUAGCUUUGAGAGAGGCAUGGAGUUUCAUGCCCGAGUUACCCUUUUCGCUGAAGGAUGCCACGGCAGUUUGACCAAACAAGUCGUCAAGAAGUUCGACCUAAGAAGAGAUAGCCAACACCAAACUUACGGUCUAGGAGUGAAAGAAGUUUGGGAAAUUCAACCAGAAAAGUUCCGAAAAGGCGAAGUCGUCCAUUCUAUGGGCUACCCCCUAUCCCUAGAUACGUAUGGUGGUGGAUGGCUAUAUCAUUUCGGAGAUAACCUUGUUAGUAUAGGGAUCGUUGUAGCCCUAGAUUAUAAGAACCCGUGGUUGUCGCCAUAUGGUGAGUUUCAGAAGAUGAAGCAACACCCAUUAUAUAGAUCUGUCUUGGAAGGUGGCAAGUGCAUUUCCUAUGGUGCGAGGGCUCUUAGCGAGGGUGGAUUCCAAUCAAUCCCCAAGGUCGCUUUUCCUGGUGGCGCAUUGAUCGGGGAUUCUGCUGGCUUCGUCAACGUUCCGCAAGUCAAGGGCACUCAUAACGCUAUGAGGACAGGCAUGCUAGCCGCUGAGGCUGCUUGGACGGCACUUGCGGAAGGCAGCGAAGAGACCGUCUUUUUAUACAACUACGAAGAUUCUCUCCGGAAAUCUAGUGUCUGGAAGGAGUUGAAGGAGGUUCGAAACAUGCGGCCCUCAUUCCAAACUCCUUUAGGAACUCUUGGUGGUGUCAUGUACUCCGGUCUAGAGGCAUUCAUUCUUAAGGGCCAUGUUCCAUGGACUCUCAAGCACAGACAUACCGAUUAUGGUGCUACCAAGAGCGCCGACUCAUACCCUAAGAUCGAAUAUCCGAAACCAGAUGGGAAGAUCUCCUUUGACAUCUUGACAAGUGUCUCCAGGACGGGGACAAACCACGAGGAAGACCAACCCGUUCAUCUCCAGGUUAAGGACUGGGAUGCUCACACUCAAGAAACAUGGCCUAAAUAUAAAGGUGUCGAAAACCGCUUCUGCCCUGCAGGCGUUUACGAAUAUGUCGAAGACGAAUCGAAGCCACUUGGCGUGAGAUUCCAGAUCAAUUCUCAAAACUGCAUCCAUUGCAAGACAUGCGACAUUAAGGCACCCAAUCAGGACAUUAACUGGGCUGUGCCUCAAGGCGGCGAAGGACCCAAGUACUACAUGACAUGAGAAAAAAAAGAACGAUAGCAUGGGGCCCGGAUUAUAAAGAAUGACCUCUGGCGUUUUGGGGAGGCCCGGCCUGCAUUUUUGGGUGGACGGGGCGUAUGAUGCAUGGGUCAUGGCGAUAUGCUCGAAUUCAACUUCUCGGUGUAUCAACAUUGCUUCAAUCGAACGGCGGACGGGAAACCACGCG